UGCUUGUCAACGCAUCUUUUUCAUCGCCCAAUGGAGGUUAGAAGGAAGAAGUACUAGAUUAGGUAGGAGAGAGAGAGAGAGAGAGAGAGAGAGAGAGAGAGAGAGGUGGAGAAGCGGAUGGUUAAAAAAAGGUGUAGCCCAGCCUUUUGAGACUCAAACGAGGUAUUUAUCUUUAUUAUGCUGCUGAUUUUCACGGAUGUGUGCUUUUUAUUCCUAACAAUACGCACAGCAUUCUGCGCCGCAAGCUGCAUCGAUACGCCUUUGGGCAUCUCUCCGAUAAUGAUAGGUUUGAUUAUAUAGCGUGAAUUCAGAACCAACCAAGUAGGCUAUAGUUGGAAUCCAUACUCGAAAGCGCAGGAGUUUAAUUAUGAUCCGAGGAUGAUUUCUGCUAAGACAACUCCAGAAAAGAGUCGUUAUCCUAUCCACUAUUUGGUGUGGCACAACAAACACCGACACCUGGAGAAAGAGCUGACAACGAACGAGCAGACUGAUAUAGAGUCACUAGACCCUCGUGGUCGGACCCCCCUCCACCUGGCUGUGACACUGGGCCACCUUGACUGUGCACGGGUACUGCUGCAGCAUGGAGCUGACAGUAGCAAGGACAACCGCAAUGGAUGGACUGUUCUUCAAGAGGCUGUAAGUACCAGAGAUCCUGAGUUAGUGCGUCUUGUACUUCGUUACCGUGACUACCAGAGGACAGCCAAGAGGCUGGCGGGUAUACCCAUCCUACUGGAGCGACUGCGCCAGGCUCAGGACUUUUAUGUGGAGAUGAAAUGGGAGUUUACCAGCUGGGUGCCCCUUGUGUCUCGUAUCUGCCCCAGUGACACCUACAGAGUUUGGAAGAGUGGUCAGUGUCUCCGCGUUGACACCACCUUGAUGGGCUUUGAACAAAUGACCUGGCAGAGAGGAAACAGAAGCUUUAUUUUUAGAGGACAAGAUUCUAAUGCUGAAGUGAUGGAAGUGGAUCACGACAGGCAGCUGGUGUACUGUGAGACCCUGUGUGUCUCGUCUCUAGCAGCACUCUCCCCUGUCCGAUUGAAUGGCGGUGCUUGCAACACCGUAGCUGGUCUGGGUCUCCUGGGGGCCAUACAGCCCAGUGACGAGCAGGUAGCAGGAAGGUUGUCCGCCCCUGUGGUGACCACUCAGCUGGACACCCGCAACAUUGCGUUCGAGAGGAAUAAGACGGGCAUACUGGGCUGGAGAAGUGAGAAGACUGAGAUGGUGAAUGGAUAUGAAGCAAAGGUGUAUGCAGCAUCUAAUUUGGAACUGAUCACCAGGACUAGAACUGACCAUCUCUCAGACCAGAACAAGAACAAGACAAAGGAAGGUGGAAAGACUCCACUGCAGAACUUCCUCGGGAUCGCUGAGCAACACAUGGGGCCGAGCAAUGGGGCCCUGGUAACCCAGAUGUCCUGUCCUGCUGUGACCAAUCCUGCAGCACUGACAGCCGAGGAAUACUUCAACCCCGGCAUAUUACCAACUCAGAGGGACAUUGGCCACCCAUGCCAGCUAACCACCAAGACCCAGAGGUUUAAAGCCAAGCUCUGGUUGUGUGAGUCCCAUCCUCUGUCUCUGGCAGAACAAGUGGUGCCCAUCAUUGAUCUCAUGGCCAUCUCAAACGCCCUGUUUGCUAAGCUGCGUGACUUCAUCACUCUGCGCUUGCCACCUGGCUUCCCUGUCAAGAUUGAGAUCCCUCUCUACCACAUCCUGAAUGCUAGGAUCACAUUCAGUAACCUGAACGGCUGCGAGGAGGGGACAGGGGUCCGUGCUGACAAUGACCCUGUGGUGGAGGGUGAUGUACAGAGAGAGACUGUGAGGACAGAAACCCCUUCUCCAGGAAGUGACUCCUCCAGUGUGUCAAGCUCCAGCUCCACCAUGUCAUGUCGUGGAGGAGAGAUUCCCCAAUGUGUGUUUGAGCCCCCCCCUGGAUACACCAUGCUGGGUGGCAAACAGAGAGACAGCAUGAGGGAUGAUGCAGAAGACCUUCUCCAAUUUGCAAUCCAGCAGAGUCUGCUGGAGGCCGGCUCCGAGUAUGAUCAGGUGACCAUCUGGGAGGCACUGACCAAUAGCAAACCAGGAACGAUCCCUCUCUCCUGUGACCCGAGUCGCCUAGAGAGGACCCCCCAGCACAAGCCGUGUCCCCAAUCCAACCUCUCCUCCACCCCUUCCAAGAAGAAGCCCACCAACUGCUGCUAUGACGAGCAGCUUCGCAUCGCCAUGGAAAUCUCAGCUCGGGAACAGGAAGAGGCGGAGCUUCGGCGGCGCCAAGAGGAGGCGGAGUUACAGCGUAUCAUUAAGCUGUCACUCAUGGAGAAAUGAGAGCUGAGGGGUCUGAAGGGUCUGAAGGGUCUGAAGGGAGGGGUCUGGACCAAAGAAAGAAGAAGAAAAGAGGCUACUCUUAACUUAAAGCACACUCACUAAGUGGCUGGACAUAUUUAAAUGAUUUGAUCCUUUCUCUCCUAUCAGCUUAGCCAGACCCUCUCCAUGAAGCCAUACUGUGACGGGGCGGUCCCGCCUCAGACAGCCUAAGACACAAGUCUCCUCUCUCUUCUGCUACAUGGUACUUUCUUGACCAGUGCCAGUUUACAAGCAACAAUAAACCCAAUACAACAAGUUCAA